CCUCAUGGCCAAGUUGUAGAAAAAAAAAUAGUUGAAGUAUGCCUAUCUUGGAGCGGAGCCCCUCCCUUCUGCUGGCCGCGCGGAGUGGGAGAGCCCCAGGUGCAACCGAGAAGCCGGGUUCACGGUCCUGGAGCUGGUGACCCUUUCCUGCCCCCCCAUCCCCCCUCCGCAGUGCUCCCCACCACCUUCUCCCCGCCGCCGCGUGGCGAUGAGCAGCCCGGUCAGCACGCCGCCUCCGGAGCGCCUUGAGCCUAGCCCAGGGACGUCCUACGGCGUUAUGGAGAUUGCCAUCAUCGCAGCUGUAAUCACCGCUGUGGCCUUGGUCCUGGUCUGCCUCCUCUUUCUCAUGCUUCGCUACCUGUACAGGCACAAGGGCACCUACCACACCAAUGAGGCCAAAGGCACAGAGUUUGCAGAGAGUGCCGAUGCAGCCUUGCAAAGUGACCCUGCCCUCCAGGAUGCCGGGGACACCAGCAAGAAGGAAUACUUUAUCUGAGGGGUAGCAGACUUGACACAUCCCUGCAAGAUGCUUCUGGCUGCAGGAGACAAAGUACCCCCCCCCCGCUGUGUGCCACCAUUAUCAGCACCCAAGAAGCCCCCAAGGGCAGCCCAAGACUCUUACUGCAGAACACUGGGUGCCUGCCAGGAAACCGAUACAGAUGGGAGGAAUCAAGGUACAGAGCACCUCUUCCAGGGACUCAGUGGCUGCCCAGAGGCAUUGGCUCCACAAGCAAGAGAGACCAUCUAGAUACACAGGUCUCCCUGGGCAAUGCAGGUGUCAUCUCACCGACAUGAAAGUCCUCCUCAGUGUGCAUGAGGUGGUCUGGACCUAGGCAUGGGAUGUAUGAAGUGGGACAUCUAUAAGCUACCUGGAGUUGAUGGCAUCAAGUGUCAGUCAUUGACACCUGAGAAGACCAGCAAGUGCCAGAGCCAAAAGGCACUUCCUCUCCCAUCAAUGCAGCUCAAGAUGAUUAUAAACAAGUUUGAGAUUAACUGAGUGUUCUGUAUCAAGUGGCACUAUUCUAAGUGUCUGGGGAAUGCAAGUGCCACCCAUUGCUGGCUUUUCUCUGGUAUAACAUUGUGUCUGUGUGCACAGGAUCAAGAAUUGUCUAGUUCUGUCAAAAAGAAGAGGGGGGAAGGGUGACCUUUCCCCUCACCAGUACCAGCUACAGGAAACACAGUGACCAGGCCACUGGCUGAAAUACUGAUUUCUUGAUAAACGAUUUUUAAAAGAGAGUUGUGUUCAACCCAUGAGUGAAUGCCCUCAUACCAGAAUCCCAAUGAAAAUGCCUCUGGGUUAGAAGAGACUGUAGAUCCCCAGACCUGGGUUUGGCUCCUAGCUCCUCUUUAUUGGCCUUAAGACCUUAAGCGAUAUAUUUGACCUCUCCAGCUUUAACGUUGGCUUUUUUUUUUUCAAGUGGAAAUGAUGCUGAAUUGCAUUACCUCUGGUUCCUAACUCCCAGCAUUGUGGGCGGGGACAGAAGCAUCAGAUGCUAGGCAUUCACUGUAUUCCAGUGUCGCUAAACACACUGGAUACAUGGCUUACCUACGUUGGCCAAUAAGAUUUCAUCUUUGCACCACCUCUAAAAGCCUCCUGAGAAGUCACUCAUUUAAAUUUAAUAACAGGGAGAAAAAUGAACUAAUUAGCCAAACCCUUCCAAGUCAGAUUACCAGCAGCUCUGAAGUCUCUCUAAGGCCAGCGUUGCUGCCCCUCAGGAGCCCCCUCAGCUGUGCUAUCUCCACCUAGCAGUCAACAAAAAACUGAGCCACACCACGAUCCCUGGGAGACUAAUGAGGAUACAGGCUCAGUCAAGUAUGGCCACCAACCAAAGGAGCUACAGUUCCUCAGAAUGUGGUGGGGAAGAGACGCAGCCAUUCAGUUAUAACAAGAAGUUAUAAUGGGCAGGGCCAGAUGACCCCAGAUUGGAGGAUGUCUAUGUUCUCAUCUGUGAAGUAAAAGGCUGGAUACAGUUGACACACAUUAAUCUAGUGAGACCUCAUCUGAAACCCUAGUGGAUGCUUAAAGCCUCAAGCAGUAUUGAACCCCCUUGUAUUUGGCUUUUCUGCACAUACUUACGUUAAGAUUUAAUUUAUAAAUUAAGCACAGUAAGAAAUUAACCACGGUAACUAACAGCACGAUAUAAUUAGAACUAUAAAGCUGUAAUAAAAGAUUUUUGAAACUAUGAA